GCCGGCGCCCGGCCGCGGCGGGCCCCGCGGCGGCGGCGGAGGAGCGGGAGACUACGCCCCGCCCAGAAUGGCCGCUCAUGACGAGCAGGAGCUCAGCAGGGGCGUGAAAAAGAUGACCAUCGAGGGUCAGGAGAGCCGGAGGGGCCGAGGUGGCGGCGGAGGCGGAGGCGGCGGUACCCGCACCAGUCAGGUGCCGCCGCGCCUGCAGGAGCAGAUGUCUCGCCCGAAGCGCUACUCAUCUCAGCGUCAGCGUCAGCACGGUCAGACCGGGUACUCGGACCAGCCGGCCGGCUACCCGGAGCGGUCGCCCCAGCAGGCGGCCUACCAGGAGCAGCCGCCCGCCUACCAGGAGCACGGUCAGCCGUACUACGAGGACGAGCCGGCGGCGGCCGGGUACGGCGCCGCGCCGCCGCCGCCGCCGCCCGGCCGGCCGCCGCUGUACGCCGGCGACCACUCCACGCCCCCGCCCAUGCCGCCGGCACCGUUUGUGACUCCGGGCCUGUACGCGGCCGGCGCGGCGCAGACGCCGCCGCCGUACGCGGCCGGGUUCCCGCCGGCGCCGCAGGGUCCGCCGGCCCCGCCUCCGUUCGCCGGGUUCCCGCCGCCGCCGGCGCCGGCCGGCCCGCCCGUCCAGCCGCCGCCAGAUAUGAUGCUGCCGGUGGUGGAGAGCGGCGGGGUGACCUACUACAACACCCAGGCGCAGGUACCGCCGCCCGCCCAGCCGCUCCAGAAGCGGCCCAAGGCGGCCAUACCGAUCCUGCGUCCGCCGGAGGGCUCCGUUGGCUCAGAUGGCGAACUGGCCUCGCCCGAGAGCGGGCCGUCGGCACCUCUCAGGGACGCACCGCCGGAAUCAGACGGUGGGGAGCGGCCAGAGGCUGCGGCCGGAGAGGGUCCCGUGGGGGACGGGGCGCCCCCAGCUAUCCCAGCCGCUCCCGUGAGCGAGCCCGCCGCCGUGGAUCCCGCCCCAGCUCCAGCGGUACCGGCUGCCGCUCCGUCGCCGGCUGCAGCGGAGGCCUCCCCCUCCCCGGCGGCGGCAGACGCGGAGCCGGCUCCUUCACAAGUGCCUUCGGCCGCCGCGCCGCCCGCCGGCGACCGCCAGACAGUGCUUUCCGAGGCGUCCGUCUUACCGGCGCCAGCAGUGGCAGAGAACAGCGCAUCACCGACACCCGACGCAUCAGCGGCUGAGGCGGCAGCGCCCCCUUCCCCCGUCCCAGAGGCGGCGCCAGCCCCUUCCCCCAUCCCAGCGGAGACUGUCCCUUCCCCCGCCCCGGCGGCACCGGCCCCUGCUCCCGCCCCAGAGGCGGCAUCAGCCCCUGCCCCUACCCCGGCGGCACCGGCCCCUUCCCCGGCGGCAGAGGAGCCGUCUCCAGCCCCCGCCGUCCUGUCGUCAGCCUCCCCCGUACCCCAGAGCUCUCCCGUCUCAGAACCCCCGGUGGCCGAACCGCCCCCAGCGGCACCCUUACCGACAGCGACAGAGGCGCCAGUGGCUAGUAGCUAAUGCAAUUCGAGUAGCUGUUAUCAAAUGUAGGCGGGGCGGCGGGAGCUGCGCUAUUGUACUGCAUGCUGCGUUAACAAUGCCGCGGACUAUUUCGCGAGUCCCUCUCAGUACGCGGCGGGAGUUUGUACUUUGUAGCGAGGUUGGCUUGUGGUUCGAGGUGUGGCAGCAGGCUUGAGAGAAUUAUGUUCAGUUCCGCCCCUUCCUUUAUUGUAUAGUGCGAUUCCUGUACAGCACCUACGCUUCUUUCCUACGAGUUCGUUUCCUCGUAGUAUGACACCGGCUUCCGGCCGUGAGGCUUUAUGCGGACCCAGCCAGCCGCGUGCGGGCCUUGGCAAUGUUCUCUCCCGGUCAUGUGGACUCUGUUGGCGAGGUGGGUGCGAUUAUGGUUCCCGCAAACUGCAAACCGGGAUUGGUGCUGGCGGUGAGCUCGUCUGUUAUAGGUACUAACUGUAUUUAUGUAUCAAUUUGACGUUUCCUUACUACAGCGUGACUCGUUACUGGAAGAUAAGAAGUGACUUUGUAUUUAAGAUUUAACUAACCUUUCCUGUGUUUGAAGUUUUCUUAACCUAAGGUCAUGUUUUGUUGCAUAAACAACGAAGCGC